AUUUGACAAGUAUUUUUUGAUUAAGAUUGUUGUUUUUAGAUAUUUAAAUAAAUGGCUGCUUACAUGGUGAUUAUAUUUUCUCUUGCGAUUCUGCACUUUGGAAUGUCAAUGCCACCCUUCGAUUAUCUGAAGAACAUUUUAAACUAUUUUAGGCAAUAUCCACCGUUCCCUAAAUUAUAUUCUAAUCAGGAACCUCCAAUAUUAUCAUCUUACGAUUUUAUAAUUAUUGGAGCGGGUUCUGGAGGAUCAGUGGUAGCGAAUCGCUUAACAGAGAUUGGAGAUUGGAAAGUUUUGCUUUUAGAAGCUGGAAAAGAAGAAAUUUUCCUCACUGAUUGGCCUCUUUUGGCAGCAGCGAUGGAAGUGACAAGCUAUAAUUGGGGAUACAAAACAGAACCAAGUUCAUCAAAACAUAAUAAAAACAAGGGAUAUUGUCUAUCAAUGAUCAAUGGUUGUUGUAAUUGGCCAAGAGGAAAAGCAGUUGGUGGAACAUCUGUGAUAAAUUUUAUGAUUCAUUCGAGAGGAUCAGAAAAAGAUUUCAAUCAGUGGGAAGCUAAUGGAAAUAAGGGAUGGAGUUAUAGAGAUGUUUAUCCGUAUUUUUUAAAAAUGGAAAAAUUAAAUAUAAAUAUGAAUAAUGAAAUUAAAGGAAUAAACAGGAAUAUUCAUGGAAAAAAUGGUUAUUUGGAUGUCACUUUUGCUCCUUGGACUUCUAAAUUACGAGAUAAAUUUUUAGAUGCCGGCGAAGAAUUAGGAUAUAACAUUAAAGACUGUAAUGAAGCUAAUCCCAUUGGAUUUUGCCCUGCUCAAGUUAAUUUACGUCAUGGUAGACGUGUAAGUGCUUACAAAUCAUAUUUAAGACCAAUAAUAAAGCGAAAAAAUUUUCAUUUGCUCAAAGAGUCAAUUGCUACCCAAAUUGUGAUUGAUCCCAUAACUAAAGUAGCAACUGGAGUCAAAUUUGUAAGGAAUGGAAAGUCAUUUUAUAUAAAAGCUAAUAAAGAAAUAAUAUUAAGUGCUGGUAGUAUCAAUUCACCCCAAUUAUUAAUGUUAUCAGGUGUUGGCCCUAAAAAACACUUGGAAACACAUGGAAUUAAUGUUGUUCAAGAUUUGCCUGUAGGGUUUAAUCUCCAGGACCAUAUUAGUAUGGCAGCCUUGACAUUUCUAGUAAAUGAUAGUGUUACUAUCGUAGAAAAUAGAAUUGCUACUGAUUUUAAAAGUGCCUUUGACUAUUUAGCUUAUGGUAUGGGUCCCCUUACUGUGCCAUCUGGAGCCGAAGCUCUGGCUUUUAUCAACACUAAAAAAGAUUAUUCAAAAUAUCAAACAAAUGACUCACCUGAAAAUGAUGAUCCAGAUAUUGAACUUGUAUUUGGUAUCGGUUCAAUGGCUGGAGAUUUAUCAGGAACAUUACGAAAUAUAUUUAAUUUACCAAAUAAAUGGUUUUAUGAAGUUUUUGGUAAUUACAUUGGUCGAGAUGCUUUUAGUAUUGUUCCUGUUUUGCUGCAUCCUAAAAGCCGAGGUCGUGUAAGUCUUCGAAGUUCAAAUCCAUUUGAUCCGCCAAUUCUUGAAGCUAAUUAUUUUGAUGAUGAAGAAGACUUGAAGACGCUGGUGGGAGGAAUUAAAAAGGCAAUAAAAAUAGCAUCAACACAAUCAUUUAAAAUGUAUAAUGCAACACUUUUACCCGUAAAAUUUCCCGGAUGUAAACACUUGGAAUUCAAUUCUGAUGAAUAUUGGGCUUGUGUGUGUCGACAAAUAUCGACAACGCUUGGACACUUCGUUGGUACAUGUAAAAUGGCACCAAGAGAAGCUAACGGUGUUGUUGAUCAUAAUCUUAAGGUAUACGGAAUCGAAAGAUUAAGAAUAGUUGAUGCUAGUAUAAUUCCUUCUUUGAUUGCUGGUCAUACGAAUGCGCCAGCUUAUAUGAUUGGUGAAAAGGCCAGUGACUUAAUUAAGGAUGAAUGGUUAAGGGAAAAAUAGAUAUUAGAAAUAAUAAAAA